GUUGUGUUGGUGGUCAGUACCAGCGGAAGCUGUACAAGGAUCUGUUGACUAACUAUAACCGUCUGGAGAGACCAGUGUUCAACGACUCAGCUCCUAUACUGGUGGAACUGGGCUUCACACUGUUACAGAUCAUAGACGUGGAUGAGAAGAACCAGGUUCUGAUGACCAACGCCUGGCUGCAGCUGCACUGGACAGAUACUUACCUCUCCUGGAACCCAGAGAACUACCCAGGUGUUCAGAACCUUCGUUUCCCCUCCAAUCAGAUCUGGGUUCCUGAUAUCCUCCUCUACAACAGUGCAGACGAGAGGUUUGAUGCUACCUUCCACACCAACGUCCUGGUCAACUCCUCUGGAUCCUGCCAGUACAUUCCACCAGGUAUCCUGAAGAGUACCUGCUAUAUCGAUGUUCGCUGGUUCCCCUUCGACGUCCAGAAGUGUGAUCUGAAGUUUGGCUCGUGGACAUACAACGGCUGGCUGCUGGAUCUCCAGAUACUGGACGUAGACAUCUCCUCAUACAUCCCCAACGGAGAGUGGGAUCUCGUGGGUGUCCCAGUGAAGCGUAACGAACUGUAUUAUGACUGCUGUAAGGAGCCCUACCCUGACGUCACCUUUACUGUCACCAUGAGGAGGAGGACACUGUACUACGGCCUCAACCUCCUCAUCCCCUGUGUCCUCAUCUCUGGCCUGGCCCUGCUGGUCUUCCUGCUGCCUGCAGACUCUGGAGAGAAGAUCUCCCUGGGUAUCACUGUCUUGCUGUCUCUGACUGUCUUCAUGUUGCUGGUAGCAGAAAUCAUGCCGGCUACGUCAGACUCUGUUCCUCUCAUCGGCCAGUAUUUUUCAUUCGCCAUGAUGAUCGUGGGUCUCUCUCUCGUCGUCACGGUUCUCGUUCUACAGUUCCACCAUCACGACCCUCACGGGGUAAAGAUGCCUAAAUGGAUGCGAGUCAUCCUCCUCAACUGGUGCGCCUGGUUCCUCCGCAUGAAGAAGCCUGGCGAGGAACGCAAGACAACCACCCCCUCCACCGUCACCACCAACACCAAUACUACCCCCAGCUCCACCACAGGAGGCUACAAGUACUCCCACCCUCCCCCUCACCACGCCAGCACCAGCUCCAUCCAGAUGGGCUCCAUCCCUGGGGGACAGCCCUCCAAUACCUCAACCACCAACGGCAACAUGAACCUGUACUUCGGCUACCACUCCAUGGGUAUGGGAGGGAUGGGAUCCUUGGGGGGGUCUCACGAUAACCCCUGCUGCCCGCCUAGCAGUGACUCUUCUGGGGUUGGGGUCUGCAGUGGAGGGGUUGGGGGUGGUAGUCAGACCACGGGGACAGGUGGAACAUGUUCCCCCAACGAGGCGCUACUCUCCGACCGGGACGUGGGGAUCCUCCGGAGGUUGACGGUGGACCAGAUCCCGGAGAUCGGGCGGAUCCUGGAGGAAGUUCAUUUUAUCGCCCAGAGGUUCAGGGAGCAGGACGAGGGAGAGGCGGUCUGCAGCGAGUGGAAGUUUGCGGCGGCGGUCGUGGAUCGUCUUUGUCUCGUGGCGUUCACGAUCUUCUCCAUCAUCGGCACGUUUACCAUCCUCAUGUCGGCGCCCAACUUCCUAGAGGCUGUGACCAAGGAUUACCUCACAUAAUGUGGAUUUUAUCUCGGCUGGCUAAUUGGGCAAACGCUAACGAACACUGUAGCUAAUUGGCUAACGCUAACUAGCGCUUUAGCUAUAAUGCUAAACAAUACAAACUGUAGCUAACCGCCUCUACUCUGUGAAGCCACUGAAAACCACCUCCCAGUUUUGAGAUAAAAUAAUCUCUAGAGUUAUGACUUGUUAUGACACCAGUACUUGGAACACCAAAUGUCUAUAUUUUGAUAAUGGUUGUGUAUUAUUAUGGUGAUAUACAGUAUAUCUUCCAUGUGGGUGUGGUUACUGUCAAAAUGGCUACCGUAGCUGUAGUCGUGCUUACCACUCAUUCAGUAACAGUACUGUCAACAUGGCUUCCGUAGCUGUAGUCAAUGCUUACCUCUCGUUCAGUAACAGUACUGUCAACAUGGCUUCCGUAGCUGUAGUCGUGCUUACCACUCGUUCAGUAAUGUUACUGUCAACAUGGCUUCCGUAGCUGUCGUCUAUGCUUACCACUCGUUCAGUAACGUUACUGUCAAAAUGGCUUCCGUAGCUGUAGUCGUGCUUACCACUCGUUCAGUAACAGUACUGUCAAAAUGGCUUCCGUAGCUGUAGUCGUGCUUACCACUCGUUCAGUAACAGUACUGUCAAAAUGGCUUCCGUAGCUGUCGUCUAUGCUUACCACUCGUUCAGUAACAGUACUGUCAAAAUGGCUUCCGUAGUAGUAGUCAAUGCUUACCACUCGUUCAGUAACAGUACCUCAGUAUAUAGUAUGUGAGGCUAUAGUUCUAGAACAGUGUGUGAAUUCACUGACACACUUUUUAUCCCUUUCCCUAUCACCAUUUAAUUUCAACCGUUUCUUCUAGCCACUUUUGUAUAGAUAACCUCAUUGACGUUCCUCUUCCCCUUCUUCUUUCUCUCCGUUUUUAUUGUUUUCCUUUCUUUCCCCAUAUUUUCACCCUUUACCACCUCACCUGGUUUCACUUCUGCCCCUCUUUCACUGUUCAUCUUUCCAUUAAUCUGUCCCCCACCCCUCCUUUCUCCCUCUGUUCCCCAGACCAUCAGCCAGAUCUUUCUCUACUUUCCCCUUUCACUUGACACUUUUCUCCCUCUGUCCCCCAUCCCUCCUGUCCCUCUGUCCCCCACCACUCCUCUCCCUCUGUCCCCCAUCCCUCCUGUCCCUCUG